AUGUCAGGAUGGGAGACAAAGGAUUUUCAGCGCUUCGUCCGGUUCUCUGCUUCGCUUCCUUUAUUGUAACGCUGCACCUCGUUAAUGGAGAUCUGAGUUAUUCUAUUCCAGAAGAGAUGAAACGCGACUCUGUUAUUGGAAAUAUAGCCAAGGAUCUCGGCCUGGAUCUGAGGACCUUAUCUUCACGAAAGGUCCGUGUUGAUUUUGAGGGAACUCGUAAGCGGUACUGUGAUAUCAAUCUGAGUACCGGAGAUUUGAUCACAUCAGAGAGAAUUGACAGAGAAAGCCUUUGUGGAAAGAAACCGUCGUGUGUUGUGAAAGUAGAUGUGGUGUUGGAAAAUCCUCUGGAGCUUCAUCGACUAAGUCUUCAUAUUCAAGAUGUAAAUGACAACUCUCCGCAGUUCAACGACGAUUUGAUUGAAAUGGAAAUAAGAGAGUCUUCUGAAAAGGGCAACCGCUUCUCUAUCGAGGAGGCCCAUGACACAGAUAUAGGUCAAAAUGCUGUUCAAAGGUACAACCUUCAAAAGAAUGACAACUUUAUUCUCGCUGUUGACAGCAGCAAGGUUGAGCUCGUAUUGGAGAAUAAGCUCGAUCGAGAGAAACAAAGAGAGUUGAAUUUGCUUCUCACAGCAUUAGAUGGUGGCUCUCCUCAGAGAUCAGGUACUGUAGUCAUACACGUCACUGUGUUAGAUGCUAAUGAUAACGCCCCAGUGUUCAGCCAGGCCGUUUAUAAAACCAGUCUGCCUGAAAACUCUCCUCCAGAUACCAUAGUGAUAAGUGUUAGUGCUACUGACGCAGAUGAAGGAGUGAAUGGAGAUGUGACAUAUCAAUUCGGCCAUGUAUCUGAUGAAGAUGUAAAUAUAUUUUCUAUUGAUCCUAAAACCGGAGAAAUUAGAGUAACUGGUCCGAUUGACUUUGAAGAAAUGAGUUCUUUUGAAAUAAGAGUGAAAGCUAAAGAUGGUUUAGGGCUAACCUCUUACGCCAAAGUUAUAAUAGAUGUUACUGAUAUAAAUGACAACGCCCCGGUGAUAUAUUUAAAAUCACUCUCUGACCCCAUACCUGAGAACGUGUCACCUGGUACAGAGGUGGGCAUCAUUAACGUGCAGGACAGAGACUCUGAGAGUAACGGACAGGUCCGCUGCUCCAUUCAGCAAAACGCCCCCUUUAAGUUGGUUCCUUCUAUUAAAAACUAUUAUUCUCUGGUGACCACAGGACAACUGGACCGUGAACUAGUGUCUGAUUACAACAUUACAAUCACCGCCACUGACGAGGGCUCUCCACCUCUGUCCUCCUCUAAAACUGUUCAGUUAUCUGUAGCAGACAUCAACGACAACCCACCGGUGUUUGAGGAACAGUCCUACAGCGCAUAUGUGGCUGAAAAUAACAAACCUGGCUCCACUUUAUGUUCCGUUAGUGCUCGAGACCCCGACUGGAGAAACCUUAUUGUGGCAGUGAAAGAUAACGGACAGCCCUCUCUCUCUGCCACCUGCUCCAUGUAUUUACUUAUUUCUGAUAACUUGGCUGAGGUGCCAGAACUGAAGGACAUUUCUUAUGAUGAGAAGAACUCCAAGCUGACCUCAUACCUGAUCAUCGCGCUGGUGUCUGUGUCCACCUUUUUCCUGACCUUCAUUAUCAUCAUCCUGGGUGUGAGGUUUUGUCGCAGGAGAAAGCCCAGACUGUUGUUUGAUGGAGCAGUCGCCAUCCCCAGCGCUUAUCUCCCUCCUAAUUACGCAGAUGUUGACGGCACAGGAACUUUACGCAGCACUUACAAUUAUGACGCCUACCUGACAACGGGUUCUAGGACCAGUGACUUUAAGUUCGUGUCAUCUUACAAUGACAACACACUGCCUGCCGACCAGACUCUGAGGAAAAGUCCGACUGACUUUGCUGAUCCCUUCGAAGAUUUAGAGGAGUCUCUAGAGGUAGGAUCCGUUUGAACUACUUCACAUGUAACAAUCAUUUCUCGGUUUGUUUAAUGAGUCUCUCUGAUGUCUGUCUGGCUGCAGCUUGUGUUUUUGUCUCCGUGAUGUUCAAGUGAUUGAGUUGUUGUUGAAGCAACCGUUUGCUUAUCGUAAUGGAGGGAAACCUUUUAUCUUUGGGCUAUGCUUACUUCUUACAUUAUGUCAGCAAAUGCUUGAAUAUGUUCGCUUUUUCUCCUUCAAAACCACAGGGCUCCUCAGACACUUUCCCCCCUUACUUAUCAACACAUAGGCUUAGUUGUCACAGCUCUUUUGAUGGAUUCUUUUGAAAUCAGGUCUCAAAAAGAUCCACUUUCACUGAUUCCUGACAAAAUAGUUAUUCUGAGAGUCAUAUUUAUUUCGUUGGUAUUUUGAACUUUCUAUUUCGGUUUCAUCUUAAGGACUAAUAUCUUGUUUUAUUAAAAUCUUUAGCAAACAAGGAGUUCCUUCAACCUGAUCUUUGCCAA